AUGAAAGUGGCAACAGCCAAACAUCCUUCAAAAGAAGAGGGCUCCUGGAGGCCUGGCCGUGGCAACUGGGUGGAAAGCAUUGUUGACUUUUGUCAAUGGAAGCAGGAAGCUAAUGACUCUGUUCCUUGGGUCGAAUGGCACACAAUGCAUAUGGUGAUUGCCUCCCAACUGGAACCAACAUAUGCCAGGACAGUUUACCCAUGUUUUGAUGAACCUGCCAUGAAGGCCACAUUUAAUAUCAGAAUUGUCCAUGACCCAAGCUAUGUGGCUCUUUCCAACAUGCCUGCUAUUGAUGUAUCUGAAAUGAAGGAUGAAAAUGGAAGCCUGUGGGCUGUUACCACAUUUAAUACUUCGCUGAAAAUGUCAACUUAUUUGACUGCUUUUGUGAUUUGUGAUUUUGAUUAUGUCACCAGAACUGAGCGGGGAAACGAGAUACGUAUUUGGGCUCGGAAGGAGGCAGUUAAAAAUGGGUACGUUGACUAUGCUUUAAAUAUCACAGGCCCGGUAUUUUCAUUUCUGGAAGACUUACUUAAUGUCAGCUACCCUCUGCCAAAGACAGAUCUGGUUGCACUGCCUGAUUUUGGAGCAGGUGCUAUGGAAAACUGGGGACUAAUGACUUUCCAAGAAUCAUCAUUGAUGUUCCUCCCAAGUGAUAAAUUCACAAGCAGAAAGGCAACGAUUGCCAUAAUUGUGUCACAUGAGCUAGGACACCAGUGGUUUGGAAAUCUGGUUACAAUGAACUGGUGGAAUGAUCUGUGGCUUAAUGAGGGACUGGCAUCUUACUUUGAGUACCUGGGAGCUACCUUUGUUGAACCUAAUAUUUCACUGGAUAAAAUCUUUUAUGAUCGUGUUGUACAACCUGUCUUAAGGGAAGACAAUGAAAUAGGAGUUCGAUCACUGUCAGAGAGUGAAGACAAGAUCAAAGGAUCAUUUUCUUUAAUGUCUCUGUUUGACAGCAUCACGUACAACAAGGGGGCUUCUAUUACCUGGAUGCUUUCUGGUUUCCUGACUCAGAAGUUGUUUAUCAGAGCACUUACUUUGUAUCUGAAAGAAUUUUCCUUCUCAAAUGCUAACCAGGAUGAUCUCUGGACCCACAUACAGAUGGUCAUAGAUGCACAGGAUAAAGUUCAGUUGCCAGCAUCUGUAAAACAAAUAAUGGAUUCCUGGACAUGCCAAAAUGGGUUUCCAGUUUUAACAUUAAAUCUAACCACUGGCACAAUCAGUCAGGAACAAUUUCUUAAUAAAAAGAAUGAAAAGAGUACUGAUUCUUACAAUAACACAUGGAUUAUUCCUAUUUCUUGGAUGAGAAACGGAUCAUCACAACCCUUAAUGUGGCUAGAUAAAAGCAGCAAAGUGUUUCCUGAAAUGCAAGUAUCAGAGUCAGAAUAUGACUGGAUCCUGCUCAAUGUAAAUUUAAGUGGAUACUACAGAGUGAACUAUGAUCAAUUAAACUUAAAAAGAUUAGCACGCUUGCUUGAAAAUGAUCCAAAGGCUAUUCCCGCUAUCAGCAGGUUCCAGCUGAUAGAUGAUGUUUUUGCAUUGACACAGUUUGGAUACAUUCAGAUUGAAACUGCGCUUGAACUAACAAAGUACCUUGCCAGAGAAGAUGAACUCUUCGUAUGGAAUGUGGUCUUGUUAAACCUAGUACCUGAGAAUUUGGAAAGUACUCUGAAGAACUAUGAAGUAUAUCCACUUUUAAAGAAAUACCUUUUAAAGAGAAUGUUGCCAAUAUACCAUUAUUAUGCAGGUUUUAUUCGUCAAAAUGUUGAUGCUUUGGAAGAUGACUAUUUUGCUCAAGUGUAUUUGGAAAAACUUUUUGCAACAGCAUGCUGGCUGGGCCUCCAAGACUGUUUGAACCUGUCAUCUGAACUGUAUGCUAAGUGGAUGGACAACCCUGAGUACAAAAUCCCCUUUUUAAUUAGAAGAACAGUCUGCUGCUAUGGUGUUGCAGUGGGAAGUGAUAAAGAAUGGAAUUUUGCAUGGGAAAUGUAUAACCAUACUGACUCCACAAAGGAGGAUAAAGACAUCCUGCUCUCUGCCAUGAGCUGUGCUAAAGAGUCAUGGUUACUUUACAGAUACCUGCAAUAUGGACUCAGCGAUACAUUAUUUCCCUCCAAUUGUACUUCAGUCAUAAUCUUAUAUGUGGUAACUAAGGAUAUUGGGCACCGUAUAGCCUGGGAAUUUGUUACAGAAAAUUGGCCACUUUUAAGUGAAAGGUAUGGGAAGGAAUUAUUACAUGAUGUCUUAAAAGUCAUGGGAAGAUAUGUCAAUACAGAUGUACAAAUCCAAGAGUUGCAGGUUUUUUAUAAUGCUACACUGGAAGAGGAUGAGAGAGUGGCUACUACUUUACUACUGGAGUUUACAAAAUUUGAAAAUAUGGAAAGGAGAGAACUGCUAAUCAAAGUUGCCAGCUGGUUACAGAAAAAUGUAGAUGAUUGA